AAAACUUAUGAGAGUAGUCAGAUAAACAUAUUCUUUCGAGUUGGUACUUAAGUAUAAGAUGAAACUGAAUAUGCUGUGCUUGAAUUUCGGAUGGAUCAAUCCCAGCAAAUUGCGAAAAACUGAUUACCUUAUGUUUGGGAAUUCGAAAUUAUGGCCCGCCAUUAUUCGCGGGCACAAUCUGUUGGGUACAUCAUUUUAACCACUAUCCAUAAGAUCUGCGGCAAGCAAAGAAAAAGAAAAACAGCGUCCAAAGUUUUGCUCUACGACUUACGGCCAAAGUCGUUUUUUUUUUCCUUUUGAGCCCCUUCUUUGUAUGUAUCAAAAGAUAAAACCACCGUCGUUUAUAGUGACCCCGCGACGUGCGGUGGGCCUAUUUUUCGAUUGACUAAUUCUCAUUCUACUACUGGUUAAGCUAACCCUCUGCGAACCACAAAGAAAGAACAGGUCACUCAACAAACCUUGAACCUCAGAAGCCACCAUGCUUUUUACCAUUCUUAUCGUCUUGAUCAUAGCUUAUCUAAGCAGAUCAAUCAUUCUCGACUUGACAAGCAAUCCGUUGGCCGAGACUGCGCAGCCCCAGGAGCCCCCGGUGCAAACGAAGUUUGUGCCUUCUACGCUUUCGAAAUACGACGGAAAGAAUGACACCAAGGUUUUCAUUGCCAUCAAGGGUGUAGUCUUUGAUGUGACUGCAGGAAAAGGUUUCUACGGUCCCGGUGGCCCAUAUGAGAAUUUUGCCGGCAGAGACGCCUCACGUGGAUUGGCGCUCAACUCGUUUGACCCAUCGGUGCUCACUGCAUUGAACGAGCCCCUCGACACCUUAGCCGACUUGUCCCUGGAGGAAAAAGAGUCUUUGGAAAACUGGAAGCUGCAUUUCGAGAAAAAGUAUAUAAUUGUCGGCUCGCUUCAUAACCCUGGGGAAAUUGAUCUUUGAUCUGAGCUUAGGGUACGUAUACGAGUAAUCCAAGGUUACAACAGGAGUCUUCACGAUAUAUGCGAUUUAGUAUCAAAAAAACGAAAAUCAAUAGGCUUAUGGCUUACUUUUAUUCUGGUCGUAAUUAUGCGUGCUUUUGUUCAUUUUAUUCCUUCAAGUUUCUUUUUAGAAUAAUGCAAUUGUCAAUUUCAUCAGAACUUUUAUAGGCUUUAGUAAUUCAACCCCUUCU